AUGGCUGAUUUGCUUCCCGCUGCCCCCUCCGAUGAAGAUGACGAGGUCGUCUCCCUGAUAAAGGAGCUUUUAGACACCCGCAUCAGGCCCACAGUUCAGGAGGACGGAGGGGAUGUGCUGUAUCGAGGGUUUGAGGAGGGGAUUGUGAAGCUGAAGCUCCAGGGCUCCUGCACCAGCUGCCCCAGCUCCAUUGUCACCCUCCGCAGCGGAAUCCAGAACAUGCUGCAGUUCUACAUCCCAGAGGUAGAGGGAGUAGAGCAGGUGAAGGAAGAAGAUGAGGAAGAGCAAGGGGUUCAGUCCUGAACGAACCCCCCCCCUCCUGCCCGCCUCCCCUUCCUUCUUUCUUGCAGACCCCUCCCCCUCUGAACUGUGCCCGACCGACCCAACAAUAUAGAGCAAAUACCAGGGAUUGGAAAUAAGACUCCCAUUGCAAAGCAGGUUAAUUUAAAACUGAGUUUUGUUUUCAGUUCUGCAAGAGUCAGUUCAGUGCUUGUGUGUGUUGGACAGGACUGGGGGUAGGUGUCUAAUUUCAACUCCUGUACAAUAUAUAAAAAACGAUGUAGAGUGGAAUAUUGAAGUGUUGAAUAAAGUAUUUCUUUGCUGUGUUGCUUUGUUGUCAUGGCAAACAGUUUAAAUUUCAGGAUGCUAAACGAGAAGGGUGGGGGGUGGUGAAACCGUCAUCCAACAAUGCAAAUAAAAAAUAACCCUCCUUGAGGAAGCAUAUCCUGCAAAAAUAAAACACCCUGUGCAAACACCCUGGUCUUUCAACAUGAGUGUGUGAUUUACUGAAUGUUUGUCGGCCCCGCCCCUGCAUAGGGAAGUGUUGGUUGCAUUGACAGCCUCUGUCCCUCGCUUACCCCCUGCAGGCACCCCCGAGAUAGUGCAGCUGUGUUAA